CUGCGCUGCCUCUGCAAAUGAUUUUAAUAUAAAUCAUUAUUAUUCUAGUCGUCUCCACCCGCGCAUGGCAAAAUCCAAAAGCGCCCAUUCCAUCCCGCCGUUUCGCCGUCCUAUUCGAGUCUUUCCUACUUAACUUAGCCCGCUUCUCCCCGCUAUUCAUCCUUUCUCCUCCCCUUCCACCUGCCACUGGACAACGGGGCGAAUUCCUCCAAGCGACCCAGAUCUGAUCUGCUAUCUAUUGACUAUCCGUCUUACUUUAUCAUCUCGUCGUCACCACUUUUCCCCCUGCCCGUUGCCACUGCCGCUCCAGCGAUGCUUAACUGGUUACCGCCUUUCCAUUCUCCUCGCCUCAACCACUGUUAUUAAAUCUACUACCCCGACGUUGCUACCUACUCCAUCCUCACUACUACAUCAUCCACUGCUUCCGGAAUAUCGUCACCACGCUGAAGUCUUAUCCUCUCUUAACCUCUCCCAUCAUCUCUUCUUCUGUCUCUACUCCGACUCUUAAUAUCAACUACACAACGGAGAUCCGUCACCAUGGCUACUCACGUUGUCACUGCAACCACCACCUCCCCGGUCACAUCCGCCCAUCAAAUCUCCAUCUACGGCCACCCUUCUCCCGUCAACUCGGCCACCACUACGCCCGCCAAUAACUCCCCUACCUCGCCUCGUCAGCAAUAUCUUCCGCUUCACACUCGCCAGUUGCGCCCGCCCAAGGCUCCCCUCUAUGUGCCCGCUGCGCUGCGUCCGACUGAGCGUCCCCAGAAACCGUCUCCUCCCACCCCCCCUCGCAGCGUCCACGGUUCCCUGGACAGCCUGAGCGAGACUGAGGUGCAUCAGCCCAUCAGCCGCCGCUCCACCAUCGAGAGCGAUGGCAGCGGAAGCAUCAGCAAGAUGGCCGAGGACGAAUUCAUGAAGAAGGAACACCUCGGCGAGGUUACCGGCAUGCCGACUCGCGACCACUGGAAAGCGGACUCUGCGUCUCCCAACUGCGACUCGCCUACUUGCCGCUCCUCUUUCGGCCUCUUCUUGCGCCGUCAUCACUGCCGCCACUGUGGUCACGUCUUCUGCUCUUCUCACACCCCUCACAACGUUCCUCUCGACCAGGAUGCUCGCUUCCAUCCCGAGGGCGUCCAGUCGCGUGCUUGCGACCUCUGCCACGUUGCCUACCAGCGCUGGGAGGAAUCUCGUUCGGAGCGCUUGACCAAGAUCCAGAGUCAGAUCAACACUCAGAACGAGCCCAUUCAGACACCUGUUGAAGAGGCUCCGGCCCAGCCCGUCGAUCCUUUGCAGGAUGAGGACUCCAAGAAGGCUCUCGCUGCUGCACUGAGCCAAGCCGGCGACAUCGCCGCCAGCAUUCCUCGCGGCUGGAACUGGAGCACCUUCUAAUUGACCUGAAGGGCCUAACAUGAUGACUUUACGACAAUACGUCUUUCUUAUCUUUAUGUUGUCAGCUUUGUCUGGCAUCGCUUAGAUUGCAAGCCUUUGCGACUUAAUGCUCUAGAACAUGCCUUUGCUUGAUCUGUACUAUUUGGGCGCUUCACUUGUUUCGGUUAUUUGUUGGGAGUUUCGGUCCACAUGCUCUUUGCUUCAAGCCUUAUGGUUUACGGUUUACACUUCUUACUUCGAGGGACCGAGUUUCCUCCUAAUGCCGCGAUUCGAACUCUACGACGCGCGGGGGCUUUUUGCUUUUUUAAUUUUUUCUUUUCCUUGAUACUCAGGAUACCCCGUCAAUUGUUGUUUCUUUCGAGCGGCGGUCGCGUGUUUUCAACUUUAUUCUUUUUUGCUUUCUAUGGCGCAAACAGGAUGGUUUACCUAGGAUAGAAGGUGUUGGCUUUUCAGACUUGAAUUAAUUUUUCUUGCUAUC